AUGAAACAACCACAACAACAACAAUUUAAAGGGCUCAUCAAUUACAAGCCUUUGGUGUCAAGCAAUCAUGACAAUGAGAACUUUCAAACUACCAACCAUGCAGAAGACAACAAGCAACGUAUUGAAUUUGUUCACCACAAGCUCAACAAACACCUUUUGCAACAAGAUGAUCUUGUUCUCAUUGUAGUUCCAGAAGAGUUUGAAAUUUUGCAAGUCAUUGAUCCCAUGCUUCACGGAAAAGUGGGACACAUUGCAAGCCUCAGCAAUGACCUUGAUGAUGAGACAGUCUCAAUCUCAUUGGGCUCACCAAGCUUGAGAAAGUCAAACAACGGAGAUCUUGUUGUCCACUCAUCCAACAACAACAAUAACAGCAGUAUGGUUACUGUGCCCAAGUUUUGUGUUUGUUUGAAGGCUGAUGUUUUCAAUGAAAGAAAGGAGAAAUUCAUGAGUCAGAGAAGAACGAAAAGUCAUGAAACUCUUUCUACAGAACACUAUCAAGUGAGCCGUUCUUCAGUUUCAACAGCUACCUCGUCGUCUGAGAGCAAUGCUCGAAAUGGUACUAGUUGUUCAUCCUCUCCUACCACAACCACUCCAUCCACAACAACCACAACGACGACGAUCAUGACCACCACUCCCAUGUAUUCGAUGGGACCAAAAAUUCCAUUCAAUCUUCAAAACAGACAAAAGCGAGGCACGAGCUCGGCCACUACUCCAAUUUUCAAUCAUUCUCCGACUUCUUUUCUUCACUCAUCAACAACGACAGGUGCUGUUGGUCAAAUUUCAUCAUCAUCAUCAACCCAUAGAAGAUUGUCUUCUGCUUCCACUAAUUCAUCCUCAUGCUUUCAUUCACCAUACUCUUCUCCUAACAAGCUGCAACCCAAACAAACUUCUCCUAAACGAUCAUCAAAGCAACAACAAUUUUUCAUGGAUGAAUCCGAUGAUUGCAAAGGAUUGGCUGGAUCUGUUCCAAAGUUUAUCAACAGUUACAUGUUGACAGACACCGAAAUGCCCAAUGUUUAUUCUGCCGACAUUCCCAACAACAAGACGAUGAGGGACGAUAUGGAUUUAGAUUCAUUCAACGAAAUAAUUGGCACCACUGUUUUUACUCACAAGAGAGAGCGAGUAUCGUAA